UGCUGUUUGACCUUUUGAAACCCUCCUCCAGACGCACUUCCUGUUCAGAAGAGAGACUCGUUUUUAGAUGUUCAGGUGGUCAGAGGACCGUGUAAAGCAGCAUGCGGUCCUCCUUCCCUCAGCACAGCACGCCGUUCUCUGCUGUGGUCACUAUGAGCGGAUGGAAGCUGGGCUUUGUUCUGCUUCUGCUCACAUCUGUGUGUUUUGGCAGUCAAGUGACUAAUCGUCAACUCAAGACCGUUGGGUAUGAAGCCCUCGUAACUCCGGUAUGCGACAACAAAACGACGACGAGCCUCAUGUGGGUGGUUUGUAAGAUCAGAACAGAGAGAAACAGGGAACAAGAGUGUCUGCUGUCCAGGUACAGAGCCGACUCUUUCAACGGAUGUGACUCCAGGUUCACGCUCGUGACCAACAAUCGGACCGUGUUCCUCCACCUGAACAGCUUGACUCCAGCCGACAGCGGGAUCUACACCUGCGAGUGUUCGUAUCACGGAAGGACAGACGUUUUCCGUUUCAAUGUCACGGUGAACGGGGAGAAAGAGGUGAGCACUUCCACGAAAGCGUAUGUUUCAAUUUCUUCGAUCGCUGUGUUGAUAGUCAUCAGCGUCGCCGGAGUUCUGCUGGGAUUUAUCCACCAGAUGAAGAGCCACAAACCCACAGAAGCAGCUGGAUUACCUGACUGUGAGACUCCCAGCUCUUUGGAUGCAAAUGAGCCAGAGGACCCGUACGCGAGCCUUCAAUAUCGUGCAGAUGAUCUCUACCAGACGAUCUCCUCGAUUCACCAUCAACACGACGCCAAGACAAGUCCAGAACAGAACAACAGCAGAGUCCACGUUGACGACGAGGACUCUGAUUCAAGAGACGAAAUCUACGAGAACUUUCGAUUUAGGUCAACAUAAAUGUGUUUCAUGCAUUUUUGGUUUGGUUAACAUGUACAUUCAUACUUUUCUCCUGUUUUUUUUAAAAUAUAUAUUAUUGUAUAUAUAUUAUAUUGUAAUUGACAAUGUAAGUCUGUUACUAUUUUUUGUGGAUUUACAUCCAAUAAAAAACUAAGUUUACAUUCAAAUUACCUGCGAUGAGGAGGAGGCUAUUUAUUGUUUGAGCUCGUUUUUUGUGGUGAACAUGUACAUUUAUACAACUUUUCUGUGAUUUUAUUUACCUCAGCAGGAAAUUCACUGCCUGGUAAUCAGAUGUAUUUGUGUUCUUGAUGCCAGAACAACAUUCAAUGUCUGUAGCUGUUGUGCUGUGACUUGUGUUUGCUUGAUAAUGAUUCAAAGGCUAAUAGACGAUUUUUGUCAAGAUGCUGGAUCAUGAUUAUGUGUCAUCUAUCGGACAAAGACGCCUGAAAUCCAAGCUGACUGGUUUUGUUUAUAUCCACUCCGCAUUAAACUGUUAAUACAAUAUAAA